AUGAGUGCAAACAAAGAAGAGAUAAAGCGACGUCAAGUGAUUGUGGUCUUAGAACAGGCGGCACUGGAGACGGUAAAAACAUCUAAAGGUUAUCAGUUGCUUAAUUGUGAUGAUCAUAAAGGCAUUCACAAGAAAUUAAAUCGUGAGGCAAGUCAAUCACGUCCAGAUAUUCUGCAUCAGGAACUCAUGGCGCUCUUAGACUCGCCUCUGAACAAGUCUGGAUAUCUCAAGAUGUACAUUCACAGCACGAAGGGCGUACUCAUUGAUGUGAGCUCGCAAAUGCGUGUGCCUCGCACAUAUAAACGAUUUGCUGGUCUUAUGGUGCAAUUGCUGCACACGCUGAAGAUCCGGUCAUCGGAUGGUAACCAGACACUGCUGAAUGUGGUCAAGAAUCCCGUGACCAAAUACUUGCCGGCCAACAGCAAAAAAUACGCGCUCUCGCGUACAGGUACAUUGGUAAAUCCGUGGGAGUGGGUAGAGACACUGCCCAAGGACGAGCCUGUAGUGUUCAUUAUUGGUGCCAUGGCACACGGUCACGUUUCUAAGGAGAACUGCAAUUAUCUGGACGAGACCAUCUCAAUCUCGGAAUACCCGAUGAGCGGGGCCCAGGCCAUCUGCCGUCUUCUGAACGGCUUUGAACGUCACUGGGGUAUUUUGUAA